CAGCAACACAACAACGGAACUUGCUUCAACCAGUACAGCCGCGUCUAAACAUCCUUUCUCACGCCUCGCUAUCAACCCUGUUGCCGUAGCCAAUAUGCGCGCCACCGCCGUCAUCCUCUUCAUCGCCGGCCUCUCAAGCACUGCCUGGGGCGCCUCCACCAGAAUGUACAGCGACGAGAACUGUCAAAAUCAGAUCGACAGAAAGGUCUUCAACGGCAUCACCACGGGCGAUGCACCCAUCCGGGGCGGCGUCAAGGCUAUUAAGACGGACUCGUCCUCGGGGGCCUGGUUCGCCUACCAGCGCAACGACGGCACCAGAUGCACAGGCAGCCGUAUUGGGAAGGUCGAGAACAACAAGUGCAUUAGGAUUUCCGACCAGGGAAUUGGCUGCACUCGUCUUUGCAGCGGAGCGCUGGGUUGCUGAGAGCUACAACCAGCUAGGUAGACAUCUGGGGCUCCCGAGCAGGAGGCUCUAGUAGAACAAUCAACAGCUAUAAGAUCGAAGGAGUAUACGUUCUAGGUGCAUUGGCACGAGACGUAGAGUUGGGCUGGGA